AUGAUCUUCUUCGUCUUCUAUACGACGUGUCUUUUAAGAAUGUGUACGAUCACUGCUCGUUAUGGCUUUUUUCUUUCUUUCUUUCUUUCUUUCUUUCUUUCUUUCUUUCUUUCUUUCUUUCUUUCUAUUGAAGCAGACGAGACCAGACGAGACGUGACUGAUAGCGUUAUCGCUUCUUUCUUUCUUUCUUUCUUUCUUUCUUUCUUUCUUUCUUUCUUUCUUUCUUUCUUUCUUUCUAUUGAAGCAGACGAGACCAGACGAGACGUGCCUGAUAGCGUUAUCGCUUCUUUCUUUCUUUCUUUCUUUCUUUCUUUCUUUCUUUCUUUCUUUCUUUCUUUCUUUCUUUCUUUCUUUCUUUCUUUCUUUUCUAUUGGAGCAGACGAGACGUGCCUGAUAGCGUUAUCCUUCUUUCUUUCUUUCUUUCUUUCUUUCUUUCUUUCUUUCUUUCUUUCUUUCUUUCUUUCUUUCUUUCUAUUGGAGCAGACGAGACCAGACGAGACCAGACGAGACGUACCUGAUAGCGUUAUCGCUUCUUUUCUUUCUUUCUUUCUUUCUUUCUUUCUUUCUUUCUUUCUUUCUUUCUUUCUUUCUUUCUAUUGGAGCAGACGAGACGUGCCUGAUAGCGUUAUCGCUUCUUUCUUUCUUUCUUUCUUUCUUUCUUUCUUUCUUUUUUCUUUCUUUCUUUCUUUCUAUUGGAGCAGACGAGACGUGCCUUUAGCGUUAUCGCUUCUUUCUUUCUUUCUUUCUUUCUUUCUUUUUUCUUUCUCUUUCUUUUUUCUUUCUUUCUUUCUUUCUAUUGGAGCAGACGAGACGUUGAUAGCAAACAGACGAGACCUUAGCGUUAUCCUUUUUUCUUUUUCUUUCUUUCUUUCUUUUCUUUCUUUUUUCUUUCUAUUGAAGCAGACAGAGACGUACCUGAUAGCGUUAUCGCUUCUUUUUUCUUUCUUUCUUUCUUUCUUUCUUUCUUUCUUUCUUUCUUUUGAAGCAGACGCGACUUUUCGUUUUGCUUUCUUUCUUUCUUUCUUUCUUUCUAUUUGUGCCUUUCUUUCUAUUUGA